GACUCUGAUUUUCUUGCUACUGAAUCAGAUGAUACAUCUAAUAGUGAACAUAUAUCAGAAGAAUCUGAUUUAUCAAAUUCUGAUUUUGAACAUGGUGAUGUUGUUACAACAAUUCUUGAUGCUUUUAAACUUUUCUUUACAAAUGAAAUGCUUGAACUAAUUGUUCUUCAUACAAAUCUUUAUGAUAAACGAUAUUAUGAUAAAAAGAUUAGACCACGACAAGAUUCUAAUAACGUACGAUCAGAUUCACAUUUUUGGAAACCAGUUGAUCGUAUAGAACUAAAAUCUUUUAUUGGAUUAUUGAUUCAAUCUGGUGUACAUCGAAGUAAUCAUGAAUUACUUAAUGAUCUUUGGGACAUCCGCCAGAAAAACUACUCUUGUAGAUUUUUUUAA